AACACCUGUGUGGGUUUACCCUGGAUGUGAAUCUACACCACAGCACCACAGACGCUAGGUGGCAGCAGAGCACCACGUGGUACCACCAUGAGGAGUAGAAGAAGAACACAGCAUGCUAAUGUGGCUAAUGGUGGGCUAAUGUGCUUCAGACCAAAGAUGGAAGCUAACAGAAGCUAAAGCUACAGGACAACAACAACAGUUUUGUCUCAAACAAACAUCUUGCAGUGAUGGCAUCAGAGGAUGAAGUCAAUCUGAUGGUCAUCGUGGUGGAUGUGAAUCCCAUAUGGUGGGGGCAGCAAGCUCAACGUGAGACAGAGCUCAACCUGUCCAAGUGUGUGGAUGCAGUGAUGGUGUUGGGGAACUCCUACAUGGCCAUGUCCAGGACCAACAAGCUGGCUGUCAUCGCCAGCCACUGUCAGGACAGUCACUUCCUGUAUCCCAGUAAGAAAUGGAGAGUGGGGGAUGGUGGGGAAGAUGCAGCCUCCAGUGGGGAUGGAAAGUAUGAACUCCUGUCAGUCGCCAAUAACCUCAUUGCUGAAGAGAUCAGGAAGGUUAUGACAAAAACUGAAGUGAGGGGAAAUUCAACUGACACUUUGUUGGCUGGAUCUCUGGCCAAAGCUCUCUGCUAUAUUCACAGAGUCUCAAAAGAGCUGGAAGGUGGACAGGAGAUCAAAUCGAGAAUAUUGGUGAUAAAAGCAGCCGAGGACUGUGCCCUCCAGUACAUGAACUUCAUGAAUGUCAUUUUUGCUGCCCAGAAGCAGAACAUCCUGAUAGAUGCCUGUGUGUUGGACUCAGACUCCGGUCUCCUUCAGCAGGCUUGUGAUAUAACUGGAGGAUUGUACCUCAAGAUACCACAGAAAGUUGCCCUGACACAAUACCUUCUGUGGGUGUUCCUGCCCGACACGGAGCAGCGCUCACAGCUGGUGCUGCCGCCGCCUGCACAUGUGGACUACAGAGCUGCAUGUUUCUGCCACCGCAACCUCAUUGAGAUCGGUUACGUGUGCUCAGUUUGUCUGUCAAUUUUCUGCAACUUCAGCCCCAUCUGCACAACUUGCGAGACUGCCUUCAAAAUCCAGCUACCACAGAUGGUCAAGCCCAAAAAGAAGAAACUCAAGCAAGCUACAUGAUUUUUGCUAGGAUUACACUAAUGUAGUGAAUGUAGUUAGUUUCCUUUUUUAUAUAAUGUAUAGAUUUGUAACAAGCUUCAGUGACUUCCUAGAAAUGCCUCUGUGGCAGUUGGGCAUCAGUCAACAUGUUGACUUGACUGUUGACUGUCUAUGAACAUGGAGGCUGAUUACUGUUCUCAAAAUAAGUUGAUAAUUCCCAAAAGAAGUCAAUAACUCCAGUCUCAUCUCCAGAGUUUCAAGUUCAUCCAAAGCAGACAAACAUUUCUUCUUUGUAGAAGUAAUUGUUUUCCAGAAAAAAAUGGUUAAUAAGAAUAUAUGCACAUAUUUAACAUAUAAAACAUGCACUCAAACAUUUGGCCCAAGUAUUUAAGAUUUGCUUACAAGUCUUAAUUUGUGUGCGAUUGUUUUGUUCGUAUUGACAAACGCAAUCGGCACACAACUUUUAGCUGGUCAUGUUGUUGAGUAAAGAUAAUUCACUCAGCCUGGAGAUAUUGCUUUUGAAAAAGAAACUUUGGGCAUUUUUGUGAUGUACAUUUUUUAUAUAAUAAAAAAAUAACAUGUUCUUAGAAA